AUGGCAAUGGGAAAUGAUGAGAAUUUACAGAAUAAGCUUUCAGAUCUCGUGGAGCAUCCUAAUGCAACCAGUUUUAGUUGGAAUUAUGCAAUUUUCUGGCAACUUUCGCGAUCCAAGUCCGGUGACUUGGUCCUAGGAUGGGGGGACGGGUGUUGUCGAGAGCCUCGUGAAGGUGAACAGUCUGAAGGAACUCGGAUUUUGAAUUUUAGACUCGAGGAUGAGACUCAGCAAAGGAUGAGGAAAAGAGUUCUUCAGAAGUUACAUACUCUGUUUGGGGGAACUGAGGAAGAUAAUUAUGCUUUUGGACUGGAUAAGGUUACGGAUACUGAAAUCUUCUUCCUUGCGUCCAUGUACUUUUCUUUCCCUCGGGGAGAAGGUGGCCCGGGGAAGUGUUUUGGAUCUGGAAAACAUGUUUGGUUAUUGGAUGCAUUGAAGUCCUCGUUUGAUUACUGCGUAAGGUCGUUCCUUGCAAAUUCUGCUGGUAUGCGAACAAUUGUUUUGGUUCCGACUGACGUUGGAGUGGUGGAAUUAGGAUCUAUGAGACCGGUUCCAGAAAGCUUGGAACUUGUGCAGAUGAUAAGAUCUUCCUUUUCUUCACCUUCGUCACUUAUCAGGACAAAUCAAGCUGUGGCUCUGCCGGUGGGAAUUGAUAGAAAAGAUGGAGAUGGCCCAAGUUCUAAUGUGGUAAUUGGUAGUCGCCCAGGAGUAGUGCCUAAGAUUUUUGGUCAGGAUAUGAAUUCCGGUUCUGUGCAGUUCAGGGAAAAGCUUGCUAGUAGAAAAUUAGAUGAUAGGCCAUGUGACGUAUACGCAAGUGGGAAUAGGCUGCCAUUCGCACAUGCUAGGAGCGGCUUUCAUGGUUCAACUUGGACACAAUUGGGUAAUGUAAAGCCAGGGAAUCCGGUAGAAAUUUACAGUGCUCAGACUGCAUCAAAAAACCAGCACGAGCUUAUUAGCAGGGCAAAGGAAGAGUUUCAACUUAGCAGUUUUCAGCAUCAAAAGCCAGGGCAAAUGCAGAUUGAUUUUACAGGAGCAACUUCGAGACCUAUAACUUCCCGACCUCUUAAUGUCGAUUCUCAUCGUUUAGAUGCUGAGGUUUCUUGCAAUGAAGAUCUCCCUGAUGAGAGGAGGCCUCGAAAGCGUGGUAGGAAGCCUGCCAAUGGAAGAGAAGAGGCUCUUAAUCAUGUGGAGGCAGAGAGGCAACGGCGAGAGAAACUCAACCAACGGUUUUACGCAUUGCGAGCAGUUGUACCAAAUAUUUCCAAGAUGGAUAAAGCAUCCCUUUUGGGAGAUGCCAUUGCUUACAUAACCGAACUGCAGAAGAAGUUGAAGGAUAUAGAGUUGGAGAAGGAAAAAUUAGGAAAUAUAUCACGAGAAGCAAAACCAAAUUCUGAAAGGCAGGAUCAACCUCCGAGCAUUGACAUUCAGUCCGUCCAUGAUGAAGUCAUUGUAAGGGUGGGCUGUCCAUUGGACGCCCAUCCGGUAUCAAGGGUCUAUCAAGCAAUCAAGGAUGCAGAGGCAACCGUUGUUGAGUCAAAGAUCGCCACAGGCAAUGACCAUGUUUUUCACACAUUUGUUGUCAAGUCGCAUGGAUCAGAGCGAAUAACUAAGGAAAAAUUGAUUGAAGCAUUUUCCCGAAUUGCUAAACACUGCAACGAUUUCAUUUUCAAGGCUCUGGAAAUGAUGUUUCUUCGUCGAGUUUCGUCUACACUUAAGCCUAUGCAAAGGAGUAGGUUCUUCGGCAACAACAGCGGUUAUGAUUUUUCGAAAGCUAUUCAAGAGCUUAACAAGGAAAUGGAAUCUGUGUUCGGUGAACCUCCAACAUCUAGUCUUGCUGGUUCUAUAGACAACCAAAGUAUGGCUCAAGACUUAGAGUCUGCACCGACUUAUGCGACACAAAGUAUAUCGUCGUCUGGCUUAACUCAUAUUGGCAGUAAAGGUGAAGCCCAAAUGGUAGAUAUCUAUCCCAAAGAGAUAACGAACAGAGUGGCUGUUGCGAGUUGCAAAGUUAUUCUAGAUCGAAAGGUGUUUGAUUUGGUUUCAGCCAACCAAAUGGAAAAAGGAGAUGUUCUUGGAGUAGCAAAAAUUGCUGGAAUUUGUGGUGCGAAACAAACGAGCAAUCUUAUUCCACUAUGCCAUAAUAUCAGUUUGUCACACGUUGCUUUGAAUUUGACACUGAAUCCUCGGGAUCUUUGUGUGGAAAUAGAAAGUGAAGCUGCUUCAACUGGAAAAACUGGGGUGGAGAUGGAAGCCUUGACAGCGGUGACAAUUGCUGGUCUAACAAUAUAUGAUAUGUGCAAGGCUGCUUCAAAAGAUAUCCUCAUUACAGAUGUACGACUUGAAAGCAAAAGUGGUGGGAAAAGUGGGGAUUGGUCAAGGAAGAAAUGA